GUUCGAGUUGGUUCUUCAGGGCGCGCGCGCGGGCUCCUUCGAUCGCGAUCGAUCUUCCUCGGACGAGUGAGUUGCAGUGUGAGGAGCAAUCCGGUUUAGAGAGUGUGUUUGAAUAGGAAGAAAAGUGGAAGCAUUAGACAAGGAACAACGGAAAAGUGGUUUGGACCAGUUUUUUGUAAGGGCAACGUGCAACGCGUGCUCCAGCAAGAGUCAAUCCUGAGCAUUGCUUAAGGUCGACAAAGUGACCAUUCGGAGUAUUUUCGUGACAAGUUCUGGAUGCUAGAAACCACCUCAUAAUCAAUCUUUUGUUGAGGUGGCAGAGAAAACAGUGCGAUUUCUUUGUUCCGCGGUUGUUUUAUACUAAUUUGAAUAUAAAUUAGCCUGCGGGGACAAAACUGAGAGCGCGAGCGGCUCCAGUGAGGAGCUGAAGAGGAGGAGCCGCCGUGAAGAGCCGGGGAAAGAACCCUUUCAACUUAAAAAUGGCCUACGCAAACUUCCCCCUUCCUGAGUUACUCAACGAAAUCAACAACAAUGCCAGCAACACCGAGUUCACCGUCCCGGGCCGCUUCCAGAACCUGUUUCCGAUCGGCAUCGGCGCCCAGGGUGCCGUGUGCGCCGCAAUGGACGUCGUGACGGGACGACCCGUGGCCAUCAAGAAGCUUUCGCGACCAUUCCAGGACGUAACCCACGCCAAACGUGCCUACCGGGAGAUUAAACUGAUGCGAUUGGUUGACCAUCCCUUUAUCAUCAAACUCUUGCACGCCUACUCCCCGCAAAACUCGCUGGACACCUUCCGGGACAUUUACCUGUUCACCGAGCGGAUGGACACCAACCUGAGCGUCGUGAUCGGCAAUCCGUUGGACCACGAGCGGUUGUCCUUCCUCGUGUACCAGAUGCUGUGCGGCGUCAAGUACCUGCAUUCAGCGGGAAUUAUUCAUAGGGAUCUCAAACCAACGAACAUCGUCGUGCGCGCGGACUGUUCGCUCAAGAUUCUGGACUUUGGCCUGGCCAAGGUCGUCGGGACGAACUUCAUGAUGACCCAGUACGUGGUGACGCGCUACUACCGAGCCCCCGAGGUCAUCCUGAACAUGGAGUACGACACCAAGGUGGACAUUUGGGCAAUCGGUUGCAUCAUGGCGGAGCUCAUCACCGGCCGGGUGCUCUUCCCCGGCACCGACCACGUCGACCAGUGGAACAAGAUCGUCGAAACGCUCGGAACGCCAACACCGGAGCUCAUUGCCAAGGCGCCCAGCUCCGAGCGCCGGUACAUCGAAACCCUCCCCGUUCACCCGCGGCCAACGAUCGAGCAGCUCUUCCCGGACGAGUCCUUCCUGGCGACGGCCGCCGGCUCGCCGGAACUAAACAACGCGAACGCACGCGCCAUGUUGGCCCGCAUGUUGACGAUUGAUCCGGCCGAUCGGAUGUCCACCGAGGAGGCGCUUGCCCAUCCGUACAUUAGCUUGUGGUUCCAGGAGGACGAGGUCAAUCGACAGGCGCCCGUUCCGUACGAUCACGCGCUGGACGAGCAGGAGCUCAGCUUGGACCAGUGGAAGGCGCUGCUGUUUCAGGAGAUUCGGGAGAUUCAGGCGGAGACGUUGGAGGCGGAGUGAAGUUGAGACGUGUGUAAGAUAGAAGCAUUUAAGGCUAUUUCUUAAGUAAGUUGCAGCAUUCUCGACGACUUUCCGUGUAGGAUAUUUU